AUGACGUCAUUUCAGAAAAAAAGCUCUCUCAAUACUGACGUUUCAACAUUAACGAGCUUUGACUUCGACAGGCCUUUUGAACAAGAAAACGAAAAUGUCUUGUCAAAAUUAUUCCAGCGCGUCAAAAGCUCAUUCGUUGUAUCGAGUCCAAGCUCAACUACAAAUGCAAAUCCGAUCCCUAUAAAUUCAAACAAGAUCAAUAUAACGGAGCCUUGCGAUAUCUCUUCAAUUGGUUCCCCAACACAGUCGUCGGAACACACGCCCUCGAGUUCGCCACCAACACUUGUUCCCGACAAAGGUGUCGUGCCUAGUGUGAAUCUAGAACCUCCUACGAUUUCCUUAGAAACUGCUUUUAGCAAUACCUCGAUACUUAUCGAGUCGGAAAUCGAAAAUCAUUCUGACUUAGCUGGAAAUGGGAACAAUAGUAGCGUAAUUGCAAGUAACAAUGACAUUAACCGAAACGGUAGUGUUAUCAAUAAAGACACAUCGGAUACACUUUCGAUUAGAUCUGUUCAAACAACUUCGUCGGUUAGUAAUGGUUAUAUAAGUAAAGUUAUACGAAGAUUACGUGGAGAAGGAGUAAACAAAGAUUAUUGGAUGGCUGAUGAUGCUUGUAAAGAAUGCUACGGUUGUAAUAUCCAUUUUACGAUUUACCGAAGAAAGCAUCAUUGUCGUAUUUGUGGUCAAAUUUUUUGUUCCAAAUGUGCUUCCAACAUUAUUUCCGGCGAAAAAUUUAAUCACGAAGGCUCAAUGCGUGUUUGUAAUUGGUGCAGUAAAAUAAUGAAGGAAUACAGCGAAGAAUCUGACACAGAUCAGGGACUCACAGGGAAAAAUGACCUUUCAACCUAUACCCCUCAAGUGAGACAAAUUCAUUUAACACCAGAAAAUCACAUUUUUCCCUCUAAUCUUUCUCAAGAUCACCUGAACCCUCCACCACGAGCACCAUCUCCUGACACUCUUUCGUUAAAUGAUGGCAUAAAAAAAUUUUUCUCGAGCUCAUUGUUUAUGUCGAGGUCGAGGUCGAACACAAUAACCGAGGAAAAUGCCGCCGGGUCAUCAUUAUCAACUGUUCCUUUUAGGCGUGUUUUUGGUGAAGAAGACAAGGUAAUUCAUGAUUCUGUACUCGAUCCAGAAAUUGCACCCUAUAUGAGAGACGAGUAUGACGACGGCCAUUAUAAUUCCCUGGUGAACCCAUCAAAUGUUCUCAGCUACGUACCAGGAAUUUCGCAACAGAAUGGAGUGAACAACGAAUCUGCCACUCCAACUCCACCUAUUUCAGAAUACGCAGGAAGUGAUGAUGAAUAUGAGUACAGCACUAGGAUAUCUCAAGUGAAGGCAAUACAUAAAGGGCAGCGUACUGAAGACAUUCGAAUUCAUUUUGCUAGAGAUAAAAACGCCAUUCCUCGAAAGUUAAGUUUUACUAGUGGACGGCCAGCUAGGAUAAGCAGAAGAGGUAGCUUACUAAGGCAAAUUAAUACAAAUCUGCAAUCGAUAGACAUGUCGAUGGCAAUCUCCCCUAUAGAACAGAGGCCUUCCUCGCCAUUUAAUUCGAGGCAUACUCAUUCUACCUCCACACCAGUCAAGAUAGAACUUAGUCCCACAUCGCUUCAACAUAUGAGACAAUUUUUGCGUCAAAUUCUGAUGAAAGAGGAAAUUGACUUAUCCGAGGGUUGGGAGGAUGUGAUAAUGAGGUUAAUGAUUGAAGUUUCAGAAAAUCUUGAUCCAAAUGUUCGUGAAGGAGAUGAAAUCGAUAUAAGGCAUUAUGUGAAAAUCAAGAAAAUUCCUGGUGGAACUCCUCAAGACUCGGAAUAUAUUCAUGGAGUUGUGUGUUCCAAAAACCUAGCCCACAAAAAGAUGCCAAGAAUUCUCCAAAAUCCUCGUAUUCUUAUUUUAACAUUUGCAUUAGAAUACCACCGAGCCGAGAAUCAUUUCAUGCCCAUAAGACCGGUUAUAGAACAAGAAGAACAACAUUUACGUAAAUUGGUUAAUCGCAUUUCAGCCUUGGCACCUCAUUUGGUCCUGGUAGAGAAAACUGUAGCACGGAAGGCUUUACAAUUUUUAUUAGAAAAAAAUGUUGCAGUCGCAUUGAAUGUCAAGCCCACAGUUAUUGAGGGUGUUGCACGUUGCGCGCGGGCGGAUAUCAUUGCUUCCAUAGACAAGCUUGCACUAGAACCUAAGCUUGGGAAAUGUGGUACUUUCGUAGUUAAAACAUACGUCCAUCAACUAAUUCCGAAUCGUAGGAAGACAUACCUGUUUUUUGAAAAAUGUCCGAAGGAAUUAGGUUGCACAAUUGUUCUAAGAGGUGGUAAUUUAGAAACUCUCAAGAAGAUAAAGACCAUAACUGACCUUAUGGUGUUCUUGGUGUAUAAUCUGAAAUUAGAAACGACUCUAAUGGAUGAUCAAUAUGCAAAGGUUCCUAUGAUUCAAACACUGGAAGAAAGCAAAGCUACAUCUUCCAUUGGUGAUGAUUCAGAUGACAUCAUGAAGCCUUAUGAGUAUACUAUCUUGUCGGUAUCACCAUUUAUUAAAUUUCCUCCUCCAUAUCUGUUGAUAAAAAUGAAACAGACAGAAUAUAGACUUAAUGAAUUAACCCUUAAACGUAAGGGCUGGUCGUCUGGUGGAUUCAAAGAUAGUGAAAAACAACAUUCCGCAUCAUCCACUGCUGUCAGUGGUCUGAAAUCUGGCAUUCUGCGCACUCCUGAGCAAGUUGUUGCUGAAGGUGAGUAUGGGGACGCUAUCCUCGAGCACAUGCUCCAAACUCGAGCUUGGCAAAGUUAUAAGUAUAAUGAUGCUGUCAGUCCUUAUGCACACCAGAAUAUUACAGUCUUAUCCAUUAAGAUAUGCCUUGCAACUGAGACUGCUUGCAACAAUCCCGAGAUCUUGCUUAUGGAAUAUUAUAGAGAAUCAGACCUUACGUUGGGACAAUAUCUAGAAGAGAUGUGUCGAAGUUCUUCUUACAUUUGCCGUACGUGUGAUCGUCCGCAAUAUAAGCAUUAUUAUAGUUUUUGCCAUGGAAAUGCUAGAAUUACCGUGGAUAUUCAAAAAAAUGAUAUACCGCAGCUGAACAUUGAAAAAAAAAUCUUUAUGUCAACUCACUGCAAGAAAUGCAAUAUUUCGACCCCGUUUGGAUUGAUGUCCGAAGAAACGUGGAAAUAUUCGUUUGGAAAAUAUCUUGAAUUAUCAUUUUAUCAGACGGAGUUGAAGAGUCUCAUAGAAAAUUGUACUCAUGAUGUUUACCGUGAUCAUGAAUUAUUCUUUUAUCAUAACAAAUUCACGAUCAGAUUCAAAUACGAGCAAAUCGAACUUUUGGAAAUCUAUCCACCGCCUAUGACGUUGCACACUAAGCCGGAAGUUCAAAUUCGGUUGAAAAAUCAUGACUUGGACACAAUUCGUCACAAGAUUACAAAGUAUUGGGAUUCUGUUGCGGAUCGAAUCAAGAACUUCAAUUAUGACCUCGUUAGGUCAGACAAGAUUGAAGGAUGUAAACAAGACUUGCUUGAGAUGUCUCGGAGGGUCGUUACGGAGAAAAAAUUCAUGCUUCAGAAACUUCAACAAACCUACGUUAAUAGCGUACCAGAGGAUACCUUGGCGUUAAAUUCUGUGAUGUUUGUUCUCCAAGAAAAAGUUGUAGCAUGGGACAAGGACUUUAGUGACAUUGUUCGACGUUAUUUUCCUCGGGGAUUAUUUUUGGGUGAUCACGAUGUGAUCAACUUAGGACGUCCUUAUCAGGGAUCGCUUUUAAAUGACUUACCUUUAAUCAACACGGAACCUGAUACAGAAGCGAACUCUAGUAGACAUGAUGGAGAGGUACUUGGCCCCACGAUUCUUCCAAAACUAGGAAGCUCACCUACCGCUGAUCUUAUUAUGGAGCAAUUUAAGGAAUUUGAUUUCUAUCAUGAGGGCGAAAUCGAAAAUCUCGAAAACGAUAUUGAAAAGGUAGCAUCCCAAAUGACCAUGUUUCCAUUUAUGGAUCCAAUGGUUUUCAGGAGAUUAUCGAUGAAAUUGAUGAAAGAAUCAAAAAGGCCAAAGGUGUCCAAUCGUAGUAUAUCAGAUUCCAUAUCUGCCACAAGAAUGGACAAACAAGAAGAUUCAAUUAUCGAUUUCUCACAUGAACCGGAAGUAAUACCGCGUUUAAUACCAUCAACGAUCAGACAAAGAACCCUGGGCUCAUCUUCAUCGAGAGAAAUACCAUCAUUUGAUCCCCCCAGCGAAUCAGAAAGAAACAGAUUUUCAAUAGGCAAUAGAGAGAGUCGUAGCUCAACGUUGCAAUCUUCAACCAUUAGAUCUGAUAAUUUAAAUCUUUUAUUUGAUAAGGAUGCCGGUUCUGUUUAUCGUUCGUCAUACAAAAAAGCACAUUUAAGAAAGAAUCAAAAUUCUUCAUCAGAAAAGUCAACAAGUUCUCGAUCAAAUUCCAGGCAAAUUAAACCGUCAACCAAGAAUGUAAAUCCUGAUGGAUAUUUUUUGAAUGCAAUUAGAUCUCACGAAAACAAGAGUCGCAAACUUCGCAAGUAUAAGAGUGUUAGACCGACCAUUCUGCCUUCAAAGCCAACUAUUUCUGUUUUUAAAAAUUCGACAGCAACAGCAGAGGAAUCGGAUGAAGAAUUUGAAAGUGCUGAUGAGGAACAGGACCAAAAUAAUGAAGAUGAUGAAGUUAGGAUCUUUUCUUUAAACAGCACUGACGCGUUUGAUGAAUUAUUGGGAAACGAAGAGUUUUUCCCGUUAUCUGGUCGUGAACCAUCGAAUGAAUCAUAUAUAUAUCAUUCGGCGUUGACCUUUUUAGGCCAAGACUUAAACGAGCCAACAACACCUGUGUCCGAAAGUCCUUAUUCUAGACCUAAUGUGCCCGGCUCAUCGUCACUAUUUACAGGUAGAUUUUUGAUCUCAAAUGAUACAAACGAAUCUUCAACCGGUGCAACGAGGAAAUUAGUGAGAUCAUUUGCAAGUUUAUGGAUGGGUGGAAGAAACUUAAAACCAUUGGACUAUCCUUUAAACCCAACUGAACACGUGUUUCCUGAUUCUUCAAUAAUUGUAAGAGAAGAUGAACUCGGAUCAAUAAUAGCUUUUUCUUUGAGUUCUCGAGAAUAUUUGGAUAAAUUGAAAAACAUGCAACAGUCUAACCAGAAAAAUGAAGCAUUUAUGCCAGAUGACGAACGUUUUGGUACCAGAACUUCUAGUUGGGGAAUUCUCGAUGCUGAAGAAAACAAUGAGCCCGAUGAUGAAUUAAUAUCUCACAUGAAAUAUGAAUUUUCUGGUGGAGCCACACAGUUUUCCUGUAAGAUAUUUUGUGCCGAACAGUUCGAUACUCUUCGUCGAAAGUGUGGAUGUGAAGAUACUUACAUUCAAUCACUUGCACGAUGUGUCAAAUGGGAUUCAACGGGAGGAAAGUCUGGUUCGGCCUUCCUCAAAACUCGAGAUGAUCGUCUGGUCAUGAAACAAAUCUCUCGAAAUGAGGUUGAUGCGUUUGUGAAGUUUGCUCCUAGAUACUUUGAAUACAUGGCUGAGGCUUUAGUCAAGAUUCCAACAUGUCUGACCAAAAUCUUUGGCUUCUACCGAGUUGGAUAUAAAAACGAAACCACUGGAAAAAGUAUGAAGAUAGACAUAAUAGUAAUGGAAAACCUUUUCUACGAGCGUAAGGUUUCAAAGAUUUUUGAUCUGAAAGGUUCUAAGCGGAACCGUCAUGUUCAGAUUACAGGAAGAGAAAACGAAGUUUUAUUGGACGAGAAUCUUCUAGAACGCAAGUAUUCUUAUCAAAUGCUUCUUUCUCAAGGAAAACCAUUCUAA